UCUCUCCUGUACUACGCUCGUCCCGGCGUGUGUGUGUGUGUGUCCCUCGGUCAAUCGACCUGUCUCCACUUCUUGUCCCCCCUCGUCCGUCAUCAUGUCCCGCUGCCUCGCGCUGGCUCGGUUCGCUUUGGGUUCCUCUCAGAGGGUCAGCUCGCGACUGACGUUGUGUGCACGAGGGCUGAGCAGCCGAAUUACCUCGCGCGCCCUUGCUGGAGACCUGCAGGUUGGUCAGGAGCUGAGGUGGAGCAGUCGGCCCACAGUGUGGAACUCCGAGCGGUCCUGCCUUGGCUUCAGCCAACAUUCUUACUACAGCACCCAGGAGGCCGAGAAGGAGCCGGAAGAGGAGCCUCUGCACACCAUCAUCAGUGAUACAGAGUCUGUGCAAGGUAGCUUUUCCAAACAUGAAUUUCAGGCUGAGACGAAAAAACUUUUGGACAUUGUCGCCAGAUCCUUGUACUCGGAGAAAGAGGUGUUCAUCAGGGAGUUGAUCUCCAACGGCAGUGACGCUCUGGAAAAACUGCGCCAUAAGCUGAUUACAGCCGGUGGAGAAACUGCUCAGAUGGAGAUCCACCUUCAGACCGACAGUGCAAAGGGCACAUUCACCAUUCAGGACACUGGAGUGGGGAUGGACCAAGAGGAGCUGGUAGCCAACCUGGGGACUAUCGCCCGCUCUGGAUCCAAGGCGUUUUUGGAUGCCCUGCAGAACCAGGCGGAGGCCAGCAGCACCAUCAUUGGUCAGUUCGGGGUGGGGUUCUACUCUGCCUUCAUGGUGGCAGACAGUGUGGAAGUCUACUCCCGGUCCGCUGAGCCUGACGCACCUGGAUACAAGUGGUCCUCUGACGGCUCUGGAGUGUUUGAGAUCGCUGAAGCCAGCGGCGUUCAACAGGGAACAAAGAUCGUUCUGCACCUCAAAGACGACUGCAAGGAGUUUUCCUCCGAGGACAGAGUGAAAGAGGUUGUUACAAAGUACAGCAACUUUGUCAGCUUCCCCAUCUUCCUGAACGGACGGAGGCUCAACACUCUGCAGGCCUUGUGGAUGAUGGAGCCGAAGGAGAUCAGUGACUGGCAGCACGAGGAGUUCUACCGCUACGUCGCCCAGGCCUACGACAAGCCUCGCUACACGCUGCACUACCGCGCCGACGCCCCGCUCAACAUCCGCAGCAUCUUUUACGUCCCGGACUCGAAGCCGAGCAUGUUUGACGUGAGCAGGGAGAUGGGCUCCAGUGUGGCUCUGUUCAGCAGGAAGAUCCUGAUCCAGACCAAAGCCACGGACAUCUUGCCCAAGUGGCUUCGCUUCCUCCGAGGUGUGGUGGACAGUGAGGACAUCCCAUUGAAUCUGAGCAGAGAGCUGCUGCAGGAGAGCGCCCUCAUCAGGAAGCUCCGUGACGUUCUGCAGCAGAGGGUGAUCCGCUUCCUGCUGGACCAGAGCAAGAAGGAGCCGGAGAAGUACAACAAGUUCUUUGAGGACUACGGUCUGUUCAUGAGGGAGGGCAUCGUCACCACCCAGGAACAAGACGUCAAGGAGGAUAUUGCUAAGCUGCUGAGGUUCGAGUCUUCAGCUCUGCCAGCGGGUGAGCACACCAACCUGAUGGAGUACUCCACCCGUAUGAAGGCGGGCACGCGCAACAUCUACUACCUGUGCGCGCCAAACCGCCAUCUUGCAGAGCACUCUCCCUACUAUGAGGCCAUGAAACAGAAAGACAUGGAGGUGCUGUUCUGCUACGAGCAGUUCGACGAGCUCACCCUGCUCCACCUCCGCGAGUUCGACAAGAAGAAGGUGAUCUCGGUGGAGACGGACAUCGUGGUGGAUCACUACAAAGAGGAGAAGUUUGAAGACAGCAAGCCCGCCUCCGAGCGUCUGACGCAGGAGCAAGCCGACGACCUGCUGUCCUGGAUGAAGAACUCUUUGGGCCCCCGAGUCACCAACAUAAAGCUGACUCCCCGGCUAGACACCCACCCAGCCAUGAUCACAGUGCUGGAAAUGGGUGCUGCACGCCACUUCCUCCGCACCCAGCAGCUGGCUCGCACCCCAGAGGAGAGAGCUCAGAUACUGCAGCCCACACUGGAGAUCAAUGCAGGACAUGAUCUGAUCAAGAAGUUGCAGGCACUGAAGGACACAAACUCUGAGCUGGCUGGUCUGUUACUGGAACAGAUCUAUGAUAACGCCAUGAUCACAGCCGGCCUGAACGAUGAUCCCCGACCGAUGAUUUCCCGCCUUAACGACCUGCUGACUAAAGCUCUGGAGAAGCACUGAGAACUGCUCACCAACAUGGGCGAUGAAGACAGACUUGGUUUUGAGGACAGUGGCUUGUGAAGCAUUUAAAGGUGUACAAA